GCCGCUGCUCAGAGCUGGCGGCGGUGCCGGGUGCCGGCGAAAGCCCGAGCCGUUGCAGCCUCGAUGCCUGCCGGCGGCACCACGUGCUGGGAAGAGACUUCACAGUGGGCACUGGAGGCGCGCUCCAAGGUCACGCUGCCUGCCGCGGCAGCCAAGCGCAAGAACUCGCUGGCCAGCGUGCUACGCGACGCAGAAGUGGCUCUCAACCACAGCGCCAAAGAGGUGGACUACGUGCUGGUCUACGAGUGCGACGAUGUGAGCCGGAGCUACCAGGAAGCCGAAUGGGAGCUGCAUCGUCACUACCGCGAGCUCUACGAGAAUGCCAUGCGCAGCGAGGGACUUCAGAUGGACCAGGAGCACAUCGGCGAGUACGUCUUCCUCAAGGUGCACUGCCCCGUGCAGAGGCUCUGCCAGGAGGCCGAGAACGUGCGCCUGGACCUGCCAUUAGAAGGCCUUCUCAUCGAAGACAACGAAGACGACGAAGAACAGCAGUGGAUACACGAGAAAGUAGCAGCAAUGUUCGACAUGGGCGUAAAUUCACGGACACUCAGCGCCCCUUUCCAAUGCCGAUGCAAAGAAUGGUUUUUCGGCACAAAGGACCAAUCGACCUACUUCCGGUCAUCCAUACGGUGCCUUUUGACACACCAUGUACUUACAAACAUCGAUAUUGCCAAAGACGAGACUUCAAACCCUGCAGAGUACCACAAAAAGAAAGGGCUCUCGUACCUGCUGAUGAAGAACGUGUACUUGGACGCGUUCGUGGUUCACGAGCGGUCCGCGCUGGAGCCCGUGUGGGUGCCAGGCGAGGCGCCACCUCCUCGUCCACAACCCUUGUCCGCCCUCAAGGUGACCGACUCGGUGCACGUUCUCGACGACGAACGCUUCUCGCCCAUGGCUCCGACCGCCGCCGGCACAUCCGGGGACACGCGCGCCGCCCUGGACCACCAGUGGCGGAAGCUGGUGGGCGGCCAGCCAUUGGACAGCAUCCGCGACUAUUUUGGAGAAAAGAUCUCCUUCUACUUCGCCUGGGUGGGCACCUUCAUCGCAUCCCUAGUCGUCCCCGCCGUCAUCGGCCUCGGCGUCUUCUUCUUUGGCGUCAUCGAGAAAGUGACGAGUGACAAGGACGUCCUUAAGAACGACACCAACGCCGUAAAUUACACAGACGUGAAUGCUAUCAUCUACACCGUUGACGUCAUCAAGGCCGCCGGUGACACUUUCCUCACACCCUUCUUCGCCUUCACGGUCUGCCUUUGGGGCACUGUGUUCCUGGAGAUCUGGAAGCGGCGUCAGGCGUCACUGGCCCACCGCUGGAACGUUGACCACUUCUCGGCCGAGGAACCCGAGACGCCGCAGUUCUACGGCACCGUCGCUGUGCGGGACCCCAUCACGGGCGAGCUCAGCUGGCACUACCCCAUGUCGCACCGCAUCGCCAAGUACUGCUGCUCGGUGGGAUUCUUCAUAAUGAUGUCCAUCGUGGUACUAAUCAGCGUGCUCGCCGUCACCUUGUAUCAAGUGUACAUGUACAACGCCUACUGCAAUGGAGAGACAACCUGUGAAGUUGUGCACGGCUCCAUCGUCGCACCGAUGCUCAACACGAUCUCCAUCAUGGUCUUGGGAAAGAUAUAUUCAUACGCUGCAAUCCAGCUGACCGAAUGGGAAAAUCACAGAACAAGAAGUAUGUACAAUGACGCAUUGGUCAUCAAGCUGUUUGCCUUCCAAUUCACCAACACAUACGCAUCCCUUUUCUACACUGCCUUCUUCAGGGAGGGCCGGUCGGGGCUGUUCGGGCUGGGUGACCAGUUCAAGGACCGGUGCGGCCACCCGGGCAGAGACACCUGCAUGUCCCUGCUGUCCCUACAAUUGCUCAUCCUGAUGAUCGUCAAGCCCUUCCCCAAGUUCUGCUACGACGUCCUCUGGCCGCUGAUGAAGAAGGUCCUCCGCAAGUGGGGCAUCAUGUACAGGGUGGCGGACGAGAAGGUCUCCGACCAGCACUUCCUGCUCCGCGAGCUGUACAAGCAAGAUGACCCUGAGUUCCGCAGGGAUGAGUUCGCCGAGAAAAUCAUCCAGUACGGCUACCUGAUGCUGUUUGCAGCUUCGUUCCCGCUGGCACCACUCCUGGCGCUGCUAUACAACAUGUUCGACCUUCGGAUAGACGGCAACAGGCUUCUCUGGCUCAACCGAAGGCCCGUGCCGUUCAGAGACGAUGACAUCGGUAUGUGGUUCCACCUGUUCGGCUUCAUCAAUGUGUGCGGUGUCGUGAGCAACGCAUUCCUCAUAGCCUUCACCUCCACUUUCGGGAGGAACCUCAAGAGUGACUACAGGCGGUUUAUCUUCGUCAUUGCAUUCGAGCAUCUCGUGUUUGGUGUGAAGUUCAUCCUCACCCUUGCCAUACCUGACACUCCGGCUGCUGUGAAAAACGCCAAAACAAAGGAGCGGCAGUUACUGUCGCACAUGAUGUCCAAGGUGGCCACGCUACAGGACAGACUUCUGGGCGGUUCGGGAGCCACUGCUUCCCAGACGGGCAGCGCAGCCACCACGGCUGCAGCGAACAGCGCUAGCGAAGCUGCGGCCGGUGCCACGCAGCCGCUACGACGCAAGCUGUCAUUGACUCGCGAAGAAUGACACGAGGACCGGGCAGCACCGCCCGUACCGUCCACAGGCAGCUGCUACGAAAGCACCUCGUUCAGGACUGUCGCAUGGAUUCCCUUCGCCACGGCCUCACUCCAGAGGACCGCAAUGGGCGUCAAGAGGCGCCGCCGAAACACAGUCAUCCUCAUGGAUGCUUGAACAGUACAAAACACCACGAGUGCCAGCACAUGUACACGGUGCCUCGGUUCAUGUGUUUGGGUUAUGCUGUCCAUAGCUGACUGGCAGACUUUUUCAGGAGCAAUGCUGUUAAAGAGCAGUUAUCAAACCCGUGGUCAUUUUUACCCAUGGUUGUUUUACCAGUGUUUACUUAAAUAUGCUUUUAAGACUAAUUAUCCCUGCUCUCAUCGAAUGAAGGUCAGUCUCUCAUCACUAAUACAAUCCACUAUGUCAACAGAAAAAAAAAAACUGACCUUUUCAUUACCUUAGAUUCCAGGUUUUCCUCCUUUACUUAUUUAGUAUUCCUGUGGCUUUUCUUACUUAUCUGGCUUUUGUGUGCACUAGUGGUUAGCUUUACAUUAUCUGUCCCAUUUUCCGCUCCCGUAAGAGCCUCGCAGCCAAAACUAAUAUUGCGCAGGUACUGGUCAUUAGCAUCUAAUGUAGAAUUUAAAAAAAUAAUGGCCACUUGGGCUACGUACAGCUGAUGUCUGUUUUGUAUAGUCGCCGGUGCCUAUUGUGCACUUUAAUUUAAUUAGGAGUUAGAAAAUACCAAGACUAAAGGAAGCAUUUGGAAGAUGAAAAUUUCUUGGAGGGUAUUAGAGACACACUGUUACUUUAUAGAUGAAUUUGAGUCACCAGGAAGGCAUACUAAAGGGCCUCUGCAAAUUUUAUAAUCAUGGUCAGUAUUGCGUAGUCACUAGGCUACACUAGCUCGAAUAUAAUGAAGAGCCGGAAGCCAAAAUAUUGCUUGGACCUUUGCUUCAGCUCCUCAGAACUCCCCACCACUUCUUUUCUUUCCUUUUACGAAAUAGUAAACACUUAAUGAUAAACCUAACUUUACAUAAUAGUAAACAGAUAAGUCGGGAAAUGAUCCCCCUGAAACAGCACCCAUAA